UUUUUUGUAUUUUUUAUUUCUCGUUCGGUUUGUUUAUCGAUGCACUUUCACGCGCUUCCGCGUUAGAGCGAUCUGAGUUUUCUUUCCGGGCAACAUUUUGAGCUCUUUGGCUGAAAGAAGCGCGAACAUAUGAGAGAUUUUCUCACAUUUUUCUCACUGGAUAUUGACAGAAGAAAGUUUUCGAUUGCUUUGUUUGAAACUCGUUCGCAACAAAAGAUCUGAAGUAUGAGCAUUUAUGAACGAUUGAAAGCGGGCUGCUUGAAAAAGAAAGAACUUUUUGAGGAUCCGGAUUUCCCAGCAUCCCAAGCAUCCAUAUUUUAUCACCAAACACCGCCAUUCCAAUUUGUCUGGAAAAGACCUAAGGAUUUAUGUCCUGACCCAUUGUUUGUUGACGAUGCGCCUGACAAAUUACCACUAGCUGCAGGGAAACUCGGAGAUCCUUGGUUCGUAUCGUGCGUUGGUUGCCUAGCAAGUACAAGAGGUCUUUUCUACAGAGUGGUUCCAGCAGACCAGACUUUCUCGUCCCCGGACUAUGCCGGUUUGUUCCGGUUCCGUAUCUGGUGGUGCGGAGAGUGGAAGGAAGUGGUGGUGGACGAUCAACUGCCCACAGUCUCCAAUAAGCUCAUGUUCGUCCACGGCGCAAACACAUUUUGGCCCUGUCUUUUGGAAAAGGCCUAUGCUAAACUCCACGGUUCCUAUGAAGCAUUGAAGUAUGGCACAUCCCUUGAUUGUUUGGCUGAUCUCACGGGCGGAAUAACAGAAAGCGUGUCGGUAGGGUACGAAUCCGUACAUUGCGCCAAGGUCAUCAACAAACUUCUCAAAAUGACUACGGUUGUCACUGCUAUCACUCAGAGACAAAUGCAGCAAAGAAAUGCAGCUGAAAAGCUACCGAACGGAAUUCUAGCUGGAAUAAAUUAUCGAGUGGUCGAAUUGCAGAAGGUACAAACAAAAGAUUUCGUGGACAUAAUUUUGGUUUGGCUGAGAAAACCACUUUACAUAGAUAGUGAAUACAAAGGACAAUGCGAGGAAUAUCUGCAUGAAAUCAAAGAUAUCAACAUCCGUUUGGGGAAUGAUCAAUUUUGCAUGCCUUUGGAUGAAUUUGUGACUACAUUCACAACUUUGGAAAUCGUCCACCUGGAUGGAGAUACGAGCCGAGCGGAGACCAGUCUGAAAUCUCGGGAUCCUUGGCAUGUGAAGUUAUGGCACGGACACUGGCAGAAGGGUGUGAACGCAGGAGGUUGCAGGAAUCAUUCUGACACAUUUCAUGUGAAUCCACAAAUGCAGUUGAUCGUAGGUGAAGCACAAGAUAUGGUGAUUUGCUUGUCCCAGCACAUCGUUUUAGAGCCAAGAGUGAUAGGUUUCAGUGUUUAUCAAAUGUCUAAACCAACGUCAGAUGUUCUUGGGAAAUCAUUUUUCAAAAUAAAUAAAUCCAUCUUGAAUUCUCCAUACAGCAAUAGCAGACAGGUUUCAGUACGCUGCCACUUAGAACAAGGGUACUUUGUUCUUCUUCCAACCACGUUCGAACCAUGCCAAGAAGCCAACUACACUCUCCGAGUGUUAUCGACUAAGCCAAUACGAAUGAAGCUCUUGGACUGUAUCCCCAGUUCUAUGAAACCAGCAAUCAUCCAAGCACCAAUUACUAAUGACAAAAUCAGUUCAUAUGAAGCAGUAUUUUUGCGACUGGCAGACGAACAUAAAACGAUUUCAGCCUUCGAACUUUUAGAGCUUCUUGAAACAUGUUUGCCAAAUGAUUAUGUCAAAAGUUGUGCUACCCUAGAAGUUUGCAGACAAAUCAUACUGGCCUUGGAUAAGAGUGGAAGUGGAAGACUCAAAUAUCAGGAUUAUAAAAAUCUUAUGUGCAGUUUAAAAUUGUGGCAGACAAUAUUUAGAAGUCACAGCAAAGGAUCAUCUGGAAUUUUACGAGCGGAAAAACUAAGAGGAGCCUUAAUGGAUGUUGGCUUUCAGGUAAAUAUUGAUGCUCUAUCACUGCUGGUACUAAGAUAUAUGCGAAAAGAUGGUACAUUACGAUUUGGAGAUUUUGUUCUGUGUAUAUUACACUUGAUGGUCGCUUUCGGUACUUUUGAAAAGAAAGACUUACUGCAAAAUGGAUUUGUGAAGACAACUCUGUCCGAAUGGCUUCAGGCAUCCCUGCAAUGCUAAGAGAGAAAAAAAAAAUUUUUUUUCCUGAUGUGUCAAACAAACUGCCAAUCGACUUCAUAAAUA